UUUCUUCUCCCUGAGGUGCCUUGUUUUUCAGGUUUCAUAGAAACAUGCUUUUCUUCUGAAAUUUCCCAGCUAACGAAGCUCCAUUCAUCCAGUGACCUUGUCCUCAUGUUCUCCCAAUCCAGUAAAACGUGGUCCCCAGUGAGGAGGUCCUUUUUUUCUCAGCAUUUUCAUCUUCAUUCAAGAAACAGUUGAGCACUCCUGCAGGUUAGGUGUUCUGUUAGAAGCUCUCAGAAGCAAAAACGUACUCCUUGGUGGGAUAGGAGAGUCUUCGACAUAAGGAGUUUGACUCACGGAGAUCAGGUACAUUUUGAUGUGGUCAUUACCUUAGAGCUUUUUCACAGACCUAGGUUUGAGAGGAAGGCAACACAAGGGCUGUUGGGCUAUCUUAGUCUCAGUACAUGACAAGAUCUCUUGCUUAAGGUGAUUUUGAAGAGUAGUAUGUGUUGGGUUUUGAGUAUUAAAGUGUGGGUCAUGUAGGGCACUCCAUCAGCUCUGAAGAAUAAGGUUCCAUUGGAGUAGUAAGGUCCUGUUACAGGGCCAUUUUGAGUUAUUAGUGGACAUUCUGGGUUAUCCAGUUAAGAUUAGUGGAAUUAUUUAUGGAAAAAUAGGACUUCCUCUUGAAAAAAUGAGAAUAGAAGAGAGUAUUUGAAUCUACAUUUUAAAAUGGCUGUAUACAUCUAUAAUGAAACAAUAAAUAGUAUGGAAUGGGAGCCAGAAGAAAUAAAUGAGAAGAUCAAUAUCUAAUCAAUAUCAAUAUAUAAUGUCCAGAAAUAAACACAAGUGUAAGAAUGGAAAAUAUUUAUUCAUUCACUGAAUAUAGAGUUAUUAAAGAUUUACUGCUAAAUACUACAUGCUGGAAAUAAACACUGUCUUUGUUUUCAUGGAGUUUAAUGUCUACUAGUUUGUUUAUUAUAUGAUAAUGUAAGUGACAUUAUUUUAUUCUCUUUUUUUCUUAAGUUUUUAUUUGUCAGAGAGAGAGAGAGCACAAGCAGGGGGAGCAGCAGGCUCCCCACCAAGCAAGGAGCCCGAUGUGGGACUCAUCCCAGGACCCUGGGAUCAUGACCCAAGCUGAAGAUAGACGCCUAACUGACUGAACCACCCAAACGUCCCUGUGAUGUUAUUUUUAAUCAGUGGAGACAGAAUGGAUUAUUCACUUAGAAAAAAGAUUUCUUCCUCACACUUUGAGGUUAAAUACAUUCUAUAGGUUAAAUGUAAAAAAAUAAAACCAAAUGAACUGCUAGAUGAAAAUAUAGAGAAUGGCUAUAAAGAGGAAGAUGAACCAGAAGCAGAAAUCCACUAGAGCAACACUGUCCAGCAGCACUUCCUAUGGAUUUGGUGACAUUUGGGGAUGUGGCUGUAGAUUUCUCUCAAGAGGAGUGGAAAUGGCUGAACCCUGCUCAGAGGAAUUUGUACAGAAAGGUGAUGUUGGAGAACUAUAGGAGCCUGGUAUCACUGGCAGGAGUUUCAGUUUCUAAGCCAGAUGUGAUCUCAUUAUUGGAACAAGGAAAAGAACCCUGGAUGGUGAAGAAGGAGGGGACAAGAGGCACGUGCCCUGAUUGGGAGUAUACAUUUGAAAACAGUGAGUUUUCAUCAAAGCAAGUUAUUUAUGAAGAAACGUCCAAACUAGUGAAAAUGGGGAGAAGCCAUCUUAGUUACAGCCUUGACUGCCCCAGUUUGAGAGAAGACUGUAAAAGUGAGGACUGGUUUAAGAACCAGUCAGGAAGUCAGGAAGUACAUUCUAGACAACUGCUCAUCACUCAUAAAGGAAUCCUUACUGAAGAUCCAAGUAAUGAAUAUACUAAAUCUUGGCAAACUUUCCAUCAGGAUGCAAUAUUUGAUAUAAAAAAGACUUUUCCCACCAAAGAAAGAAUACAUAAGCAUGAACCACAAAAGAGAAGUUACCGGAAAAAAUCUGUUGAAAUGAAACAUAAGAAAGUCUAUAUACAGAAGAAACUUUUGAAAUGUAAUGAAUGUGAGAAAGUUUUCAAUCAGAGCUCAUCCCUUACUCUUCAUCAGAGAAUUCAUACUGGAGAGAAACCCUAUGCAUGUGUUGAAUGUGGGAAAACCUUCAGCCAGAGUGCAAACCUCGCUCAACAUAAGAGAAUACAUACUGGUGAGAAACCCUAUGAAUGUAAAGAAUGUAGGAAAGCCUUCAGCCAGAACGCACACCUGGCCCAACAUCAGAGAGUUCAUACUGGAGAGAGACCUUAUCAGUGUAAAGAAUGUAAAAAAGCCUUCAGCCAAAUUGCACACCUGGCUCAACACCAGAGAGUUCACACUGGAGAGAGACCUUUUGAAUGUAUUGAAUGUGGAAAAGCCUUCAGUAACGGUUCAUUUCUUGCUCAGCAUCAGAGAAUUCAUACAGGAGAGAAACCCUAUGUAUGUAAUGUGUGUGGGAAAGCCUUUAGCCAUCGUGGAUACCUAAUUGUACAUCAGAGAAUUCAUACUGGAGAGAGACCGUAUGAAUGUAAGGAAUGUAGGAAAGCCUUCAGCCAAUAUGCACACCUGGCUCAGCAUCAGAGAGUUCACACUGGAGAAAAACCGUAUGAAUGUAAAGUAUGCAGGAAAGCCUUCAGCCAGAUUGCGUACCUUGAUCAACAUCAGAGGGUUCACACUGGAGAGAAACCCUAUGAGUGCGCUGAAUGUGGGAAGGCCUUUAGCAAUAGUUCGUCACUUGCACAGCAUCAGAGAAGUCAUACUGGAGAAAAACCUUAUAUGUGCAAGGAAUGCAGGAAAACAUUUAGCCAGAAUGCAGGCCUCGCUCAGCAUAAGCGAAUUCAUACUGGAGAGAAACCUUAUGAAUGUAACAUUUGUGGGAAGGCCUUUAGCUAUAGUGGAUCUCUUACUCUACAUCAAAGAAUUCAUACAGGAGAGAGACCCUAUGAAUGUAAGGAUUGCAGAAAAUCUUUCAGGCAGCGUGCCCAUCUUGCCCAGCAUGAGAGAAUUCAUACUAUGGAGUCAUUCUUGACUCCUUCCACUCCCUCACCCUCCAUGUCCAGUCAGUUGCCAAGACAUGUUGGUUUUAUCUCCUAAAUAUGCCUUGAAUCUGACUCCUUUAAUCCAUUUCCAUUCCAUCAUCUUUGUCCAAUACACAGUAAUCUACUUCAUAUGCACUAUGGAAAUAGCUUCUGAUUGGUCUCCCUAUAUUUACCAUUUCCUUUGUCAGUUGCCUCCACUGUGGUCAAACUUAUAUUUUAAAAGUUCAUAUCACUUCCUCAUUGAUACCCUUCACUGGUACCCCAUAGUUCUUAGGUUAAAGAUACACGUUCCUCAAAACAUCCUAAAAGACCCUCCUGCCCCAAAUAACUUGUCCCAGUAUACCUUCCAAAGAACCAUUCUUUGGCUAUUUAUCCAGAAUUAAGAACUCCUAUUCCAGCAUCAAACCAAUUUGGGUUCUGAUCCCUGCUCAUCCAUUUUCUAAACCUCUAGUUUCAGAGAAACAUUUUGUUCUUUGUAAGGUUCAGUCUUCUUAUUUAUAUUAUGGAAAUAAUAAUAGUACUACCUCAAAAGUUGAUGGGAGGAUUAAAUGAGAGAAUGCAUGUAAAUUGCUCAGAGUGCCUAGCAUAAUCAUUUAAUAAAUGUUACCAUAAAAUAAAAAGAUGCUGUGGUAUACAAAGAGGACCUGAUCAUCUCAGCAAGGUUCAUCUGAGAAAUAACAAAAUCAGCAGCAGUUCAAGACUGAAGAGAUUAUAAAAAACUGGGAUUAGGAACAGUUCUGAAGGUGGGUGAUAAGGGUAUCUAACACAGUAGCACUGAUGUUAAAGUCCAUAAGGAUAUCAGGUAAGGCAUGACUUUGUUGGUAAGAAGAACUAACUUCAUUAGAUACUCAAUAGUUCUAAGAAGCCAGAUUUUAAAAAUCAGAAGUAAUAAGUAAGAUUUACUGAGAUAUAUUCAUCAUUUGCAGUAAGACAAAGGCAAAAUAGAUAUUUUUAAAAAGACAAAAAAAUCAAUAACCAAAGAAUAGAAAAUAAAAUAUAAAUUUGAAGCCCUCUCCUAAUUCCAGGUGGUUGAACUAUAUUAAAUCCAUGUUGUUUAAAACUGAAAAUAUUGUUAAGGUAGUUUUAAACUAUAAUUCCUAAAACUAGAGGAGAAGAAAAUUACAGACCAAUACUCAUAAACUGGUGGCCCAUAAACAUGUUUGACUUGGUACUCAUCAAGUUUAAGAUGAAUUAAAAAAAAAAAAAAAGAAUACAAAUACCUUUAUUUGGGCAUGUGUUUUCCAGUUCUCCACAGUUCAAACCAUUCCUCCUUCCUGUACAUCGGACUUACUUUACAUUUUGUAUUACUUCCUGACUCUUGGAGGCUUUGAAUAUGCAAUCACCUUAGUAACUAAUUCACAUAUGAAUAUAGGUACAAAGAAACUGAUGAAAUGGAGUGAAAAGGAAGACUUGAAUAGACACUUUAUCCUGCAGGGGAAGACUAUUCUCAAGAUGUUAGGAGGCCCAAAAUUAAUCUACAGAUUUUUGUACCUAUCAAAAUCCUAAGAAGAAUUUUUUAAGGUUUGAAACAUUGUGUGCAUGUGAACAUACACACCUAUACAUUCAUACAAACACAUAUAUAAAUAAAAGUAAUUUGUC